AUGACAGAAACUAUUUAUCGUAGAUUGAAAUGGAAAUCUACACGGAUAGCUAUUAUGCUUGUAGUGACAUUUGCAUUAGCAUCAAUUGAAUUUAUAUAUGGACUCUGUUUACGUUCUCCACUGUUAAUAUCAAAUGGUUUGUUUUCAUAUGCUGAAUCACUAGCAUUAAUCGGCAGCCUCAUUGUUCUUCGGUACACCAACCAUCAUCGUCGUCGAACAACGAAACAUAAAGGAAACACAUUCGGUUAUCAACGUUUGGAACUGUUAACGGGACUAUUACAAGAAAUAUUUCUGAUAUCCUUAUGUUUAAGUAUAAUUAUCGAUUCCAUUAAUCGCUUAAUUUAUGCACAGCAUAACUUGAAUGAUCAUUUACGUGCAAUUAUAGUGUUAGGAUCAGUUGGUAUAUUUAUUGGUCUUUUGGGGAUAUUUAUGUUCCAUUCAUAUCGCCACGAUCAUAGCAUUGAAAAUGAAAUAAAACAACAACAAAAUCAACUCAGUGGUGAUGGUCAUGACGAUAAUGAUAACAGACAUGAAUAUGAAGAAGAAGAAGAAAAAGAAGAAUUAAAAAUCUACGCAACAUUACAUGCGUUAUCAUUACACUCAUUUGUGAGUCCAUAUAUAUAG